GCUGGAGAUCUGCCUUAGUUGUGAUGAUAUAUAUUCAUUCCUCAUUGCGUCGAUUUCUUCAAGUGUGUACAUCUACCCACUCCGUGUCCCUGUGCAGGAUGAAAUAGAAGAAUGAAGAACGACUGAACGUGACCACCCCCGGUCACCAUCAACAAAUAUCAGCCGACGUCAAGCCGCAUAUGUCAUCGCGCGCUGCGUCGCUCUGGACCGGUGCAGCAGUUGCCGCUGCUCGAGCAGCAAGAAGUAAACCACGGGGAACCACCCUUCUGUACCUGACCCUGCCAGAGCAGCUUCAGAACUUCGUCAGCGAAAUUCCGUCGCGGACCGAGGUUGGAGUGGAUCUUGAGGGACAUUUGGGGCGCUUUGGGAAACCCAGUUUACUUCAAAUUUACUCGCCGGCGCUGCAGCAACUCGCUCUCGUGGAUUUACUUGAGUGCAACAGGAACAGUGGUGCUUCAAGAGCCUUAAAGACAAAAGCGGCACGAGGGACAACGCAAACUCUGUCGUCGCCGGAGAGCAGCGCUUUCUCAAGCCCUUUACUGGAGGAAGAUGCAACUCGAGCAACAUUGCGAACUUUUUUCCAAGAGCGCACAGACGUCCGCAAAAUUUUCCACGAUUGUCGCGAGGACGCCGCGUUUUUGCGGGCACUUUACGAUAUCAAACUGCAAAACGCCUUCGACACCCAAGUUGCGCACCUGGCCCACUUGGAGCGCAAAGGCAGUACGAAAUACCUGGCGUCUCUGCCGGAGCUGUUAAGAAUCUUUCUCCCAGGCCUGUACAAAGAGCGCCGCUGGGACGCGGUGGAACGGGCGGGGCAGCGGUUGCAUGGUAGCUUCUCAUCGAGCUACGCUGCAGCAUUCACCGCAUCUACUUCAGAGAACCAGCUACACGAUGAGCAGGGCGACGGGGUGAAUGAUGAUGACGAAGAAAGCUAUGGACGACCACAGGCACAGCAGGACAAGCCAACAUUACACACCAAAAACAAAAACCUGUAUAACUCCGUAUGGGAGCACAGACCGCUCUCGCAAGACGCUCUUCACUACGCGGCAGAGGGAAGUUUGGUGCUCCCCCACCUUGCUGCAGCUUUACGACGGAUGCUUCGGGACCCGACCGGAGAAUUCGUCGCUCGGCGGACCCAGCAGCGUUACUUGCCAUACGCAGAGCUCAAUCGGGAGCUGUUCGCGUCGUCAAGGCCGGCAGACCUCGUAGAUAAGCACGGGCAGAGGUGCUGCUCUUCCGCGCGCGCGGAAGGUCAACAGACAGUCGCGACGGCGGUACAUCCUCACCUCUCAAGGGCCUCACGGGAGAGCGAUGGACUGUUGCAGAAUCACAGUCAAGCGUCUGACGAGGCGAGUCAAAAUCUAGAUGAGACAACACCUGAUGAAGACGAGCGCACCGUUUAUGUCGACGGAUUCGUUACAAACCGGACACCUGUAUGCAUUGCAAAUAUGUCUGGCUCUGGAAGGUUUGUUGCAACUACUUGUGAUGGGGAUUCUGCUCCAGGCAAAAAUCUGUCUUGCGCAGUCAAGCAAAGGUUAGGAUGUCCGAUUUUGGUUUUCAGGGUAUUUGUUUCUCAUGCACACUAGGCAUAAAAAAAAGAAAAACCCUCCGCGUGAUUUGUCAUGCCGUGAGCGCGUGUGCAAUGCAAAUCAGAAUCCUUCCAGACCAUGACGCAUUUGCAAUGCAUACCCCGAGGGGGAGACGCAUUUUUCCUGCAACGGCCUCAACGCAAUAGCGCACAAGGGAUUCGAAGCCUACCAGGUUGGCGAUACGGUGACCAACCUGCGCGUGUGCGGUCGCAACAGAAAGGGACUGUUUGUCCGGGAACAUUUGGCGCGACCCGCACGACCAAGGUGGGGCUGCAAUUGAUUUUUUUCUGCACUAAUGUUGACCACGAUGAACAGUUUCGGAUCAGCUAUGCGACAGUGCUGCGUUGAUGUGUGCGCCGACGAGCGUAAGUAGCGUACUUGUGCGACCCGCGCAGCACGAUGCUCAUGGCGACUUCUGGUUCAAU